AUGAUGGAACUUUUUAAACUCGUGACAAAGGAAGUACUAAAGCAAGAACAUUUACCCAAGGUUCUUCAGAAAAGUGACCCUCAGCGGGUCACUGAUAGAACGUUUUUCAUGGAUGGUUCCAACCAGAAUUUGAAAACCAUCCCGCCAAACAUUUUGGCAUUAAAGGAAUUAGAAGAACUGCAUCUGGAGAACAACCAGAUUGAAGAAAUUCCCCCGGGUAUUCAGCAUUUAAAGAAUGUCAAGGUCCUCUACCUGCACAAGAACAACCUGCAGAGUCUGUGCCCUCAGCUGGGGGAGCUGAGCAGCCUGGAGUCGCUGGACCUGAGCGGCAACCCGCUGCUCUAUUGCUCGCUGCCGGUACUCAGCUGCCUCCGCACCCUAAGGGAGCUGCGGCUCUACCGCACCGGCCUGAGAGAGGUUCCCACCGUGAUCUGCAAAUCCCUGCACCACCUGGAGCUCUUUGGCCUGUCAGAGAACCACUUGGACUCGCUGCCCAAGGAAAUCGUGAACCAGACCAAGCUCAGGGAGAUCUACUUGAAAAGGAAUCAGUUCUCGGUUUUCCCUUCCGACCUCUGCGUGCUCUUGAACCUGGAAGUAAUAGAUCUAGACAACAACAAACUGAAGGCCAUCCCGGAGGAAAUCGGGCAGCUGAGGAGUCUGCAGAAGCUCUACGUGGCGUCUAACAAUCUGCCCCUUCUACCCGAGUCUCUGAGCCAGUGCAGCAAGCUGUCGGUGCUGGAUUUGACCCAAAACCUCCUCCGCUCCCUCCCGGCCACCAUGGAGCAGCUCUCGGAGCUCACCGAGGUCGGGCUGAGCGACAACCGCCUGGAUAAGGUGCCGCGCCUCCUGUGCCGCUGGGUGUCGCUGCAGCUGCUGUACCUGCGCAACACCGGCCUGCGCGCGCUGCGGCGCUCCUUCAAACGCCUGGUCAACCUGCGCUUCCUGGAUCUCAGUCAGAACCACAUAGACCACUUUCCUUUGCAGAUCUGCACGCUCAAGAACCUGGAGAUGCUGGCGCUGGACGAUAACAAAGUGGGACAGUUACCAUCGACCGUGAGCUCACUUAUAAAACUGAAGACACUUGGACUCACAGGAAAUGACUUUUUAUCCUUCCCAGAGGAAAUCUUUUCCUUAGUGUCUCUGGAGAAAUUAUACAUUGGACAAGACCAGGGAUUCAAGUUUUCCUGUGUGCCAGAAAACAUCAAGAAAUUGCAGAAUCUUAAAGAACUAUACAUAGAAAACAACCUUCUGGAGUCCCUUCCUGCAUCCUUGGGGUUGAUGUCAAACCUGGAAGUUCUCGAUUGUCGGCAUAAUCUUCUUAAGCGACUCCCAGAUGCCAUUUGCCAUCUUCAAGAUUUGAGAGAGCUACUGCUGGAGGACAACUUACUCAGCCGCCUCCCAGAUAACCUUGAUCAUCUGGUGAAACUUAAAGUCCUAACACUAAUGAACAACCCCAUGAAAGACCCUCCAAUGGAAGUGUGUGUCAAAGGCAAUGAAGCCAUAUGGAAAUACUUGAAGGAAAACAGAAUUAGGAAAAUAAUGGCCACAAAGAUUCAGGCGUGGUGGCGUGGAACCAUGGUGCGGAAAGGAUUUGGGUGUUUUGAAGAGCUACUAAAAGCCAGGAAAAAAGGAAAAACCUCUCCAAAAGAUAAGAAAGGCAAAAAGGCUGCAAAAGGAAAACCUGCAAAAGGAAAUAAAAAGUAA